AGCGCCCUGAAUAAAUAUUCAUCUCACUAAAGGGUAGAACAAAGCCUCAGACAGAGCCUGGGGAGGACAGAAAGCGGAAGCAGAUAAGAGCAGAAUGGUGACAAAAAAAAUAAAAUGCAGGAAACGCAGCUGUUCACACAUCCAACAAGUGCAAAGAAAGUGCAGUGUGAAGACGGACGGACGACAAAAUGAAGCUCUUUCUUCUGCUCGUCCUCUGGCUGACAUCAGGUUACCUGGCCUUUUCUGAAUGGAGAAACUGUGUACAUACCUGGGAGAAUUACACAUGUACAUUUGCCAAAGCCCAGAAAAUUUCAAGUAUCGUGUUUGAACUUCCAAAAAAACGUGAUGGCACAGAAAAAUUCCGAUUUCCUGUCACAAAGCUGGAAGGAGAGGAUGCUGGGAUAUACAGCUGCAGUCCCGUUGAAGUCUGCCGGAAUCUGCUCCAAACAACAACAUACACCAUGGCUAAAACCACCGUCUCAUGCAGCUACCCAACACCGUAUGGCAAGUCAGGUCAAAGAGCCUGGUUUUUCUGCAAGAAGCAAGAAUCAACCUGUGUAGAAAUGACACAAUCUUCAGUGAAGUCAAAUGGGAAGUUCACUCUCACAGUCACCAAAGCUCAAAGCUUCAACUUGUCCAUCACCAAUGUGUCCUCUCAGGACGCUGGUGUCUACUGGUGCGGCUUCAAAGACAAAUAUUCCAAACUUUUACUGCGAAAAAUUCAGCUCAAGGUUCAAAAUGUGACAACUUUCACAAAAUCCCCAAAGGUUGGAGAAAGCAUCACCUACUGGUGCAAAUACAGAUCCUCCCCCUCUGACGUGGUCAUUUGUAAAGGCCAAGAUCCAGCGGCGUGUCAUUUUAUAGUCAGUGAGGCCAACACGGCUGACGGGAGGUUUUCCAUGACGCAGGGCAAAACGGGAUAUAUGACCAUAAUGGUGAGAAACGUGACGCUACAUGACACAGGGACGUACUGGUGCGGGCAACUCAGUGACAAGGAAAGAAGGUUCUUCCACAGAUUCUACAUGAAUGUGGUUUCACCGUGGUCACCAGCAGCGUCCACGUCUUCUCCAACCACGUCCACUUCCUCCUUCCCGAAGUUCCACACUCCUCCUUCACAAACCUCUGGAGUUGAAACAGUCGUCCUGGUCCCUGUGAUUGUCACCGUCGUCAUGCUGCUGCUCGGGAUCGUUCUGAUCUCCAUCUACAAACUGAGCAGACGAAAGAAAGAAGCAGCAGAGCAGCACAGACAGGAUCAUGUGAGCGAGCAGAUGCAGGAGCGCCUCCACACACCAGCGGGAGAAGAUGCAAAUAACGAAACGUUGUAUUACGCCACCAUCCACUUUCAAAAUGGCUCCAGUGGAGCCGGUGACAAAGCUGUGGCGCUCAGACCCAGCACCGCCGCCGCCGCCGCCUGUGAAUACUCCACCGUGAGGUACAACGGCAAUACAACCCACGUUUCACCAUCACGAGCCACAGAGGAUCCUCUCUAUGCAACAGUCAACAAGUCUGUCCGUGCAUGACAGGGAAAAGACAGCAUGUAACUGGAUCUUGCCAAAUAGUGAGACCACAUGAGGGUUAUCGGUUAUAACUCAUUAUAUAAUUGUUAAUUAGUUGUAAAGCACCAAAUGAAUAACCUAAUGAUAAAUCAUUACCAAGCCAACAUGUCCAUGUGGAUCCCAUAUGGGUUAUAUUCAGGCUGACAGUAUAGCCGGUUUUCCACCGUGUUUUUUGGCAUUUCAAUUAGAAAUAAUACUAGGAAUAGUACCAGUAAUUCCAUUCUUUGGCACCCUUCCCUUAGGGUACCAGAGUAAAAUGGUAUGCUCAGGCUGGAGCUAGACAGUCAGCUGAUUGUGCGACAGAAAACGCCACUCCUUUGCAAUCGGUGUAAAUAUCCCAACCUCGAACCGUACCAUAAUGGAAACAGCAAUAGUGACCCCCACCUGGAAAUUACUGUAAUGUGUUAACAACGAGCUAGGCAUCAGUGGAGAGAAAAAACUGCCUUUUAACAGGAGGAAAUCUCUGA